UCAAGCUACGAAGUCUCGAGCGUAAGCGACCCAACAGGCUAGGGAAGAAUUAUUGGAAAGGACUUUUAGGAAGUCUUAUUCCCCGCGUUCGCGACAGCAACAAGUAUUUGCUUUAAGAUUUGAUUGGUUCAGUGAGUUUUCCGUCUUUUUGGUUUGGUUUUACCACACUCAAUGGAAAACCGCCCCAUCCCAGCAAAGUUUAAAAUUUGUUUCUAAAUAGCCUAAUUGGCCUUAAACUUCUCUAUCAAAGCGAGGCCCGCUGCACAGCCACUCAAAUGAAUAUGAGUUUAAUCUGCAUGUGAAUGAAAUCUCAUUUUCAUAUGAAAGGAUGGACAUCAAGACUCGCUUUGAGAAAGAGGUUUAAGGUAAUUCAGGAAUGGCCUAUUACUUCACCCAAAUUCCAAGUUAGCCAAUCAGAAGCCUUGCAUUGUCUACUGUCCUCGUGCUCUUAGGUGGGGCAGCUGAGAGAAGACAUAGGAGAAAUUAACUACCGUAGCUGUUAAUUUGCCUCCCUAAAAGAGCAAAGUGAAAUAUCCCUUACUUUUAUCAACUUCAAGUUGUCAUGUAGCCUUUUUACUAGCCCGUUGACACAGCCCAACCGUUCUUUUUUAGAAAGUAAUAACUUCGCUGUCCUGAUAUCACUCACCUGAUAUGGCCGGAUAUUUAGUCGAAUUUGGAUGCAUCAGAACCUAAUCGUUUCUUUCUGGUUCGCUUCGGCGGCAUAUUAGGCUCGUUUGGUCUUGCUCAAGGUAUUUUGGCCUUCAUCUCAUCCAAACAUGAACCAUAACUCGACACCAAAAACGCGUGAUCUGCUGCCAAAGCAAUGCAAUCAAAAAAAGUACGACUAUAUCUAUAACUAUUUAUCCCCUCACUCCUCAAAUGCACGCAUAUACGCGUCCGAGGAUCUAGAGUUGUUACGUUACGUUAGCCUAGACGAACUGUGAUGAUUAUCAAUAUGCUGGCAAGGGAAGCUGAAGGCGUUUUCCGCGUGACUGUUUUGCUUCGACGGCGAAACCGUGGGCGCUAGGGCGAGGCAGUGAAGGAAUUUUCGCGUCCGGAGACUCUCAGCUUGAUUACUCACCAUUCUCUUCCCAGCUCCCGGCUUCGCCGUGUUAGUUACAUUGUCCGCCGAUGAAACAAACACGCGUAAAUCUCGCCAGCUUUGGAGGCUAUUAGUUUGUAGAAGGGAUCUACUUUAUCGAUAUCAGGUAAUGUUCGGUUUGCCUUUCAGCUGUGAACUCUGUGAACACAGCUAUGGCUCUUAGUAUAUACUCUACAUUCAGUGUAGAAGACGUCGCGCGCGAGUCUCCAAACACCAUCAAGUUUCUACAGAUGCAGUUCUACACAGAUCGCCAGCUGAUGGUGGACUUGUUAAAGAGAGCUGAAAAAGCAGGCUACAAAGCUGUUCUGUUAACAGUUGACCUACCAGUCUCUGGCAGACAUAAAAAGAGAGCAAACUUUUCCCUCCCUAAGCACUUGGAAGUUGCAAAUUUCUCUUCUUUGAAAAAGAAACAAGGACUUCGAAGUAACAAGGAGUCGCAUAGCUAUCUAGCCGUUGCACGCGACAGUAGUGUUGACUGGAAGGUAUUGGAUUGGCUUUUUUCCAUCACGUCACUUCCUUUCGUUCUCAAAGGCAUAUUAACAGCUGAGGAUGCUCGUCUCGCAGUGCAGCAUAGGGCUCAAGAUAUUCUGGUGUCAGAUCACGGAGGGCGGCAGUUGGAUGGUGUCCAGGCCACUAUUGAAGUGUUACCCGAGAUAGUGGAGGCCGUACGAGGAACUGGGCUCGAAGUAUACGUGGACGGUGGCGUGAGACUGGGAACUGAUGUUCUUAAGGCCCUUGCUUUGGGGGCAAGAGCGGUGUUUGUUGGACGGCCAGUCAUCUGGGGACUUGCUUAUAAGGUAUGCAUUUGUCAGAUAUAUCUUUGAAGAAUAUUACAAGUUAUUGAUCUAAGAAACGGUUUUUAUAUUACUUGGACGAAUGAUUUCCAUCAACCAAUACAAGAAGUUGGAAGAUUUUUUAGCUUUCAUCAAGACAGAACGAAACUUAGGGGUUAUAGGACAACUCGUCAAGACAAUUUGUUCAUUUUAGUUAAAGAAAGCGAAGAAGAUACAGCGUUUGCAGCACUUCUUCUUAGAUGAA